AACAGAGGGUAUUGCUCUUCUAUCGAGAUGCCGCACGACAUGCCACUUUAAUACUCAAUGCCUGCGUCAACGUGGUAGAGCUCGAGGCGAGUGGGGAUUUCUUGAGACGGAUCGGCGUAUCGCACGAUCAUUUAGAACCAUCAGAUCCGGGGGUCGGAGGAGAUGGAGAUGCUUCAGACGUGCCUCCUGGGACUGGUGGUAGCGCAGGCCCGAAUACACCGAUUUUUUCCACGCAAGGACUCGAGGAGGCCCUGAUGCGACCCACACAUCUCACUCUCGUACCUCCGACCCUCAAUGUCCAUUUUCGGCUACCGAUUCUCUCCAAUAUCACGCAUUUACAUUAUUCCGCCACGUUACCUAGAAACCUAAACUACCAAGGAACUCUCCUAGGUCUCACCCACGUCGCCUUUGACUACCCUUUGGGUGUCGCCUCUACCAAGGCCGAAACAUUGGUUCAACUUUGUCGUGCGGCCUUAGAAUGGGGUGUACCUUCAGCCCUCGCUGACCAGGACGCCACAACUGCCGAUGAAGACGAGGACGAGCUGGUCUCUCCUGCCACGAUCACACCGAAACUGAUCAUGGUGGUCGUCCGAGUGCUCCUACGGCCACGUAUGAUGAACAGCGACAGAGCUGCCGAAGUCUGGC